GGUUGCUGCGGGAGUAGUUCCGCUCCCUGGGCGGAAGUGCGCGUUUAGAUCUCGGCUGCUGACCAGCUGGCGUCAUGGUGGUGCCUGUGCUAGAGGCUGCUCACGUGUUUUGCUGCCCGAAUCGGGUGCGGGGAGCCGUGAGUUGGAGCCCUGGGCCCGGAGGACUUCUGGCCUUUGGCACGUCCUGCUCCGUGGUUCUCUAUGACCCUCAGAAAAAGGUAGUUGUUACCAACCUGAGUGGUCACACUUCUCGAGUCAAUUGUGUACAGUGGAUUUGUAAACAAGACGGCUCUUCUUCUACUGAAUUAGUUUCUGGAGGAUCUGACAAUCAAGUGAUUCACUGGGAAAUAGAAAAUAAUCAGCUUUUAAAAGCCAUCCAUCUCCAAGGCCAUGAAGGACCUGUUUACGUGGUGCGUGCUGUUUACCAGAGGACGGCAUCGGAUGGUGCAUUACACUCACUGGUAGUCUCUGCAUCUUCAGAUUCUACCGUCCGAUUCUGGUCUAAAAAGGGUUCAGAAGUAACAUGCCUUCAAACCUUGACCUUUGGAAAUGGAUUUGCUCUGGCUCUGUCCUUAUUCUUUUUGCCUAAUACUGAUGUACCAAUAUUAGCCUGUGGUGAUGAUGACUGCAAAAUUCACUUAUUUGUGCAACAAAAUAAUCAGUUUCAGAAAGUACUUUUUCUCCGUGGACAUGAGGAUUGGAUAAGAGGUGUGGAAUGGGCAGCCUUUGGUAAAGAUCUUUUCCUGGCAAGCUGUUCACAAGAUUGCCUGAUAAGAAUAUGGAGGCUUUAUAUAAAAUCGAAAUUUUCAGAAAUGCAAGAUAAUAUAAGACUGAAGGAAAAUACUUUUACCAUAGCAAAUGGAGGUAGUAAAGUAACCUGUGCAGUUACUCUGGAGACUGUGUUGGCUGGUCAUGAAAACUGGGUGAAUGCAGUUCAUUGGCAACCUUCAUUUUACAAAGAUGGUGUUCUGCAGCAGCCAGUGAGAUUGUUGUCCGCCUCAAUGGAUAAAACCAUGAUUCUCUGGGCUCCACAUGAAGAAUCAGGUGUUUGGCUAGAAAAGGUUCGAGUAGGUGAAGUAGGUGGAAAUACUCUGGGAUUUUAUGAUUGCCAAUUCAGUGAGGAUGGCUCCAUGAUCAUCGCCCAUGCUUUUCACGGAGCACUGCACCUUUGGAAACAGAGUACAGUCAACCCAAGAGAGUGGACUCCAGAGAUUGUCAUUUCAGGACAUUUUGAUGGUGUCCAAGAUCUAGUGUGGGAUCCAGAAGGAGAAUUUAUCAUCACUGUUUCUACUGAUCAGACAACUCGACUUUUUGCUCCAUGGAAAAGAAAAGACCAGUCACAGGUGACUUGGCAUGAAAUUGCAAGGCCUCAGAUACAUGGAUAUGACCUGAAAUGUUUGACAAUGAUUAAUCGGUUUCAGUUUGUGUCUGGAGCAGAUGAAAAGGUUCUUAGAGUCUUUUCUGCACCUCGGAAUUUUGUGGAAAAUUUUUGUGCCAUUUCAGGACAGUCAGUGAGUCAUGUGCUUUGUGAUCAAGGCAGUGAUCUUCCAGAAGGAGCUACUGUCCCUGCAUUGGGAUUAUCAAAUAAAGCUGUCUUUCAGGGUGAUAUAGCUUCUCAGCCUGCUGAUGAGCAAGAGCUAUUUACUAGUACUGGUUUUGAGUAUCACCAGGUGGCCUUUCAGUCCUCCCUGCUUACUGAACCUCCCACCGAGGAUCAUCUUCUGCAGAAUACUUUGUGGCCUGAAGUUCAAAAACUAUAUGGACAUGGCUUUGAAAUUUUUUCUGUUACUUGUAACAAUUCGAAGACUCUGCUUGCCUCAGCUUGCAAGGCAGCUAAGAAAGAGCACGCAGCUAUCAUUCUUUGGAAUACUACAUCUUGGAAACAGGUGCAGAAUUUAGUUUUCCACAGUUUAACUGUCACGCAGAUGACCUUCUCACCUAAUGACAAGUUCUUGCUAGCUGUUUCCAGAGAUCGAACCUGGUCAUUGUGGAAAAGGCAGGAUAUAAUCUCACCUGAGUUUGAUCCAAUUUUCAGUCUCUUUGCCUUCACCAACAAAAUCACCUCUGUGCAUAGUAGAAUUAUUUGGUCUUGUGAUUGGAGUCCUGACAGCAAAUAUUUCUUCACUGGGAGUCGAGACAAAAAGGUGGUGGUCUGGGGUGAGUGUGACCCCACUGAAGACUCCAUUGAGCAAAGCAUCGGGCCCUGCUCCUCAGUCUUGGAUGUGGGCGGGGCUGUGACAGCUGUCAGUGUCUGCCAAAUGCUUAACCCUUCCCAAAGAUAUGUGGUGGCAGUUGGAUUAGAAUGUGGGAAGAUUUGCAUAUAUACCUGGAGGAAGACUGAUCAGGUUCCAGAAGUAAAUGACUGGGUCCGCUGUAUGGAAACAGACCAAAGCCAAAGUCAUACACUUGCUAUCAGAAAAAUACGCUGGAAGAAUUGCAGUGGAAAAGCUGAACAGAGUGAAGGAGAAGGUGCUGAGUGGUUACAUUUUGCAAGCUGUGGUGAAGAUCACACUGUGAAGAUAUAUCGAGUUAACAGAUGUUCUCUGUAAUGAACUUAAUAACUACAUGCUCAAAAUCAUUGGUUCUUAAAGUGUUAAUCAUAUAAAUAGAUCGUCUUUCUUUACCUUCAUAAUUGAAUCAAGUUUCACUUUUUAAGUAAGAUGGCAGUAUUGUUUAUUUGGUUCCUUGAAAUCUGAUGAGAGUAUAGACCCUUACACUUAUUAAAUAAUAUAUGCAUGCAUACCCAGAAUUUUGCUCAUAGUUUCAGAGUUUCUUGGACCUCCCUCUGUGUGUCCCAGAUUAAGAACAUCAAUUUUUUCUUCAUGACCAAAUUUGCCUGAUAUGGUGUUAUCUUGGAACUUUUCACUUGCCCCUUAGUCUGUUUUGUGUUGCUGUAAUAAAUGUCUGUAGCUGGCUGAUUCAUUUCUAAAGAAAAGAGUUCUGUUUAACUCAGCAGUCUGGGGGUCCAGGAGCAUGGCCCAGUAUCUACUCUGCUUGGCUCUGGUGAGGACCUCAUGGUGGGUGGAAUCAUGAUAGGACCAGGCGGAGAAGGAAGGAGGUCUAAUGUUGAGACAGAAAGCGAAAGAGAUUUAAAGGAGGUGUUGGACUUGCUUGUGACAGUCUACUUUUAUGAAAAUGCACUGAAACAAGAAUGUACUUGUGUUCUAAAAGCAUUAUUCCGUCUUAAAGACUUAAUUGCCUCUCAUUAGGCACUGCCUCUUAAAAGUCCUUGCACCUCUCAUCAUCACUAAUACUGGGGACUAAGCUUCCAGCACAUGAAUUUUGGGGGUAUACAUUCAAACCAUGUCUAAACCAUACCAUCCCUUUGGGACACUUCAUGUAAUACUUUCUUCAGAAGGUGGACCAGAAAAUAGGAAGCCCAGAUCAGUAAGUUUUAAACAUUCUUUAUAAAUAACUCUAUAACUUUAUAAAUGACUCUGACUUGAUCCCUUCCUUUUAGAAUAUGCCAUUUAUUUUUGGAAUUUUACAGGUGAUGUAAGUUUGAAUCGCAGCUAAUCCUUUGUUAAGGUAGAGAGCUUUAUUUUAGCUCACAUUAUAGAAGUUUGUCCUUGCAUAGUUGGUCAUCUCCAAGGCAGACCAUUAUGGAAGAGCACAGCUGCUCAUUGCAUGACAUUCAUUGGUAACUAGUCCUUAGAACUGGUAAUUGGCAAUGGCUAGUUGUGAGUCCCUGUAAAAAACAAAAGGAAAGUUAAACACUACUGGCAUACAACUAAACAGGGUAAACAUGUCAUUCCAAAAAAAGGGAUAGAAACAAAUGGGACUAAAGCAAGACUGAAAUCCAGCAGGGAGAACAUUAAACCCUGUAAUUCCAUGUCCAACACCUGGGGCAGGCUGUCGCAGGAUAUGAACCCCAAAGAGCUUGGGUGGCCCCACCUCUACAGCAUUGCUGGUGGUUGCACCCCUCGUGGCUUCUCGGUUGGGCUGGCUGUGCUCACUUGUGG